ACUAUGACCCAGGAUUCGUAUGAUCGUCAUGAACUAAAAGUGCAGAUGUCCCACUUAACUCUCCAGAUCCGCAAGAAACCAAUAUCAACCAUCUAUCCCUCCCGAACCUUCCUUCUCGUUCCAAUCAAUUUAUUAAUCUGUUUAAUCUAUUUAAUCUGUUUAAUCUGUUAAUCAAUUUAUCUAUCAUCAAACAACACAGUUCCUUGUCUUUGCUAUACACCUAAUCCAAAGCUUCAAGUCAAGAGAAGCCCUUUACACGCAACACAACAAAGAUACCCGUCGAGGAACGCAAGCCAACAACCUUCACAAUGCAUCGCACAUAUUCUAUGAGACAAUCGCGGGCUCCAACUGCCUCGCAACUUCAAAACCCCCCUCCACCACCUUCGAGCACAAAAUCUGGAAAGUUCUUCGGCAGAAGCGGUCUUGGCCAUGCUAUGCGACUCAAGACACACUCUGCCCUCAACACUAGGGGACCAGAGCUUUCCAAAAAGCUUGGUCAACUCGUGAAGAUGGAGAAGAACGUCAUGCGCAGUAUGGAACUCGUCGGAAGAGAGAGAAUGGAGGUAGCACAACAACUCUCCAUUUGGGGUGAGGCUUGCGACGAAGAUGUCUCAGAUGUUACCGACAAGCUCGGUGUAUUGCUCUACGAAAUUGGUGAACUCGAGGACCAAUAUGUUGAUCGUUAUGACCAAUAUCGUGUUACCAUCAAGAGCAUCAGAAACAUCGAAGCUUCCGUUCAACCAAGCAGAGAUCGCAAGCAAAAGAUUACUGAUCAAAUUGCUCAACUCAAAUACAAGGAGCCAGAAUCUCCAAGAAUUGUCGUUCUUGAGCAAGAAUUGGUUCGUGCUGAGGCCGAAUCAUUGGUCGCUGAAGCUCAACUUUCCAACAUUACCCGUGAGAAGCUCAAGGCUGCUUACACCUACCAAUUUGAUGCUCUCCGUGAACAUUGCGAAAAGGUCGCUAUCAUUGCUGGUUACGGAAAACAUCUUUUGGAACUUGUUGAUGACACCCCUGUCACACCAGGUGAGACUCGACAAGCAUAUGAUGGAUACGAAGCUAGCAAGGCCAUCAUCCAAGAUUGUGAGGAUUCUUUGACCAACUGGGUUAACUCCAAUGCGGCCGUCUCUUCCAACCUAUCUACUCGCGCUCGAACUUUGUCUCAACGUCGACGCAACAAUAUUCAACGUAAUGCUCAAGGUCACGAUCUUACAGGCCAAGAUCAACCUUUGAAUGAUAACGAGAGUGGUCUCUGGAUACCAGCUGAAGCUCACAAGGGUGGCGAAGAAUAUGAAGAUGAGGAGGAAGAAGACGAGAUUGCUCAUUCGCAUCAAGGUAGCGUCACCAAUGGUGAGCUAAGAGGUCGUCAAGAAGAGCUCGCAUAAUGGUCGAACAACUUUUGAAUUCGGAAAAGAAUGACGCUGAAUGAGAAGAUUGUCUAGGUAUAAUCAGCUUGUGACGGUGUUAAAGGAACGGACUAAAUUAGUGGCGGGGUUUUCCCAAGAUCUCUUUAACUUUGCCUCGAAAGCUGCUGUUAAUGCGCUACUCGGAAUGGAUCGAUGCUUUUUUCUUUUCUCUUAAUGAUGAUAAUGUUGGAAUCGGAACGGGGUGGUAAUUGAUCACAUACGAUCAGAGCAUACGGGUGUGGACAUCGGGCAAAGGAGGAUUUGGUGAACUGGGGAGCUUAAAAGGGUUGAGGGGAUGGGGUGGGAACACGAUUAUGGGCUUGGAGGCUUUUGCAUCUGUAGUAUUUAAUGAAUGCUUU